AUGUCCUCGGUCAGCGAAGCUGUUGGAAUUGAAAAACCUAAAGUGAGCCCUCAGGCUUCAAAGGAUAAGAAACAAAGCAAAAAAGCUCUUAAAGAUGGGGCUUCUAAUGAAUUUCCUUUAGAGUUAUCCCCUCCACCUGAAUAUUUGCAACAUCGUAUUAAAUUAUUUGAAGAAUGGAAAACGACAUAUGACGAAGAAAUCAAGAAGAAGCCACGUGCUCCAAUUACUGUGACUUUCCCGGACGGAAAUAAAAAAGAAGCCACUGCUUGGGAGACUAGUCCUAUGGACCUUGCUAAAGGGAUAUCUAAGUCAUUAUCUGAACGUAUUGUGAUCGCCAAGGUUAAUGGCGAAUUAUUUGAUUUGGUUCGACCACUUGAAACAGAUUGUACUUUGGAAUUUCUAGAUUUUGAACAUGAUGAAGGAAAAAAGGUAUUUUGGCAUUCGAGCGCGCAUGUUCUUGGUGAAGCUUGCGAACGUCAUUAUGGAUGUCAUCUUUGCAUCGGACCACCUUUAGAUGACGGCUUUUACUAUGAAAUGGCUAUUAAAGAUCGUGUUGUGACCCAAAAUGAUUAUGAAACUCUUAAAACGGUUGCAAAGAGUGCUAUUAAGGAGAAACAACCUUUUGAACGAUUGGUUGUUUCAAAAGAAAAUUUAUUGGAAAUGUUUAAGCAUAACCAAUAUAAAGUUCAUCUAAUUAACUCAAAAAUUCCGGAUGGAACUUCCACCACUGUGUAUCGUUGUGGUCCUUUGAUAGAUUUGUGUAUGGGACCUCAUGUCCCACACACUGGCAAGAUUAAGGCAUUUGAAAUCACAAAGAAUUCAGCGUCUUAUUUCCUUGGUGAUUCAAAAAAUGAUUCACUUCAACGUAUCUAUGGUAUAUCUUUUCCGGACACAAAACAAAUGACUGAAUAUAUGAAAUUUGAACAAGAAUUAUUCUUUUUUGAUGAACUCAGCCCUGGAAGUUGUUUCUUUCUUCCGAAUGGUACUAGAAUUUACAAUACACUCGUUGAUUUUAUUAAGUCGGAAUAUCGAAAAAGGGGUUAUCAAGAAGUGAUUACACCAAAUAUGUACAACACAAAAUUAUGGGAACGAUCAGGACAUUUGCAAAAUUACGAGGAAAAUAUGUUUUGCUUUGAAAUCGAAAAAGAAAAAUUUGCGUUGAAACCAAUGAACUGUCCAGGCCAUUGUCUAAUGUUCAAGCAUAGAGAUAGAUCAUAUCGUGAAUUACCUCUCCGUCUAGCAGAUUUUGGUGUUUUACAUCGAAAUGAAUUAAGUGGUGCUUUAACAGGACUAACACGUGUAAGACGAUUUCAACAAGAUGAUGCACAUAUCUUUUGUCGACCUGAUCAGAUAGAAGAUGAAAUUAAUGCUGCACUGGAAUUCUUAAAACAUGUUUAUGGUGUUUUUGGGUUCACUUUCCAACUUAAAUUGUCUACUAGACCUGAAAAGUACUUAGGUACUAUCGAGGUUUGGAAUCAGGCUGAAAAAAGGUUAGAAGAGGCACUUAAUAAAUUUGGCGAACCAUGGGAACUUAACCCUGGUGAUGGUGCCUUUUAUGGUCCAAAGCUUGACUUUCAACUUCCUGAACGUUUUGAACUUGAAUAUCAUACCCAAAUAGCCGGCGACUCUGAAGGAUCAUAUGCCCGCCCAGUUAUGAUCCAUCGUGCUAUAUUGGGUUCAGUAGAACGUAUGAUUGCCAUUUUAUCUGAACAUUUUGGUGGAAAAUGGCCUUUCUGGUUAUCUCCCCGCCAAGUGAUGAUCAUUCCAGUCGCAAAUACCUUCAGUGAUUAUGUCAAAAUGGUUUAUGAUGCUUGUUUCGACGCUGGCUUAUAU